AUGUCAGCAGCUGAUAGCGUCAGAGCCUCGUCGAGGUGGGCUACCCGCAGCAUCCCCAUUGUCCUCGCUGCCGCGGUGGGUUACGCUACCUACGUCACCAUUUAUCGUGUUUGUGUCCGAUACCUAAUCCGCGAACAACGCAAUGUCGGCCCGGCCAUUGCCAUCUUGGUCUUUUAUUUCCUGACCCUGCUGCUCAUGAGCGCAGCCUAUUUUCGCACCAUCCACAUGAUCAACACCGACGUCCCUCUCGUGCCGCUUGGACCUCUCGCUGUCGAACGAAGGGCGCAGGCAAAUGAGAAGAGUCAGAAAGCAGCAAGCAGUCGCGAUGGUGAUCUCGAGAGCCAACCCUACUAUGCGGCUACAGAUUCCAACCCUAACAGCCCGGGACUGGAGCAGUUUUACACCAAGACGGCCUUUGUAUGCGAAAAUGACGGUCGACCCAAGUGGUGCUCAGAAUGCUGCAAUUGGAAACCGGAUAGGGCGCAUCAUAGCAGCGAGAUCAAUCGUUGUGUCAUUCGCAUGGACCACUACUGUCCUUGGGUAGGAGGUAUGGUUGCAGAGAAUUCCUUCAAAUUCUUUACGCAGUUUUGCAUGUAUACAGCUUGCUACUGUGGUGUUGUACUCGGUGCCGCAGGAUCAACUUUGAAAAAGAAGAUAAACGAAGGCGCGGUGCUUGAUCCGCAUCUGGUCGCUAUCCUGGCCAUAGGUGGAUUUUUUGGUCUAUUCACAUUCCUCAUGACUACGACAUCCUGGAGGUAUAUCGCAACCAACAUGACCAACGUCGACAUGAUCGGGGCCAGGAAGAAGGUCUAUCAGGUCGCAGUCAGAAUCCCCCGCGGUGCUGAGCGGCCUGAAAAGUACCACACCGUCACAUACCCGUUGCCCAUGGUCGAAAAUUCGUGCGAUGGUGCCGCGAACGGCGCAGCUUCGUCGCCCAGACAGCCGCAAAGGGACGAUCUCGCCAACAGAACUUUUGCAAUUCUCAAGACAGAACCGGGCGAAAACCCCUGGGAUUUGGGACUUUGGAGGAAUUGGCAGGAGAUAAUGGGCAGCAACAUUUUGGAUUGGUUUCUCCCGAUAAGAAGAUCACCCUGCGUGAAUCAUGAUAACGACGAAAGUUUCUAUCGCAUGGAUAAGAUGCUGAAGCAGCUCCGCGAACGAUAUGGCAUUGAUGGCGCAUCUGCUGAUGAAACGGACAGAAUGGAGUUGCGGGAGAUUCAAAGAAACAUCACUUAG